GUUUUGCAGGGAGUUGAACACAGGACUAGGUGGGUGGGGUGAAUUAGGAAAGAAGGAAGGCACCUUGCCCACUGUUGGGACAUUAUGGUGAUGAGUGCACUAUUAAUACCUAGAUUCUAUUCUUGAGACACACAAUGUGUGUGGCAUGACUGACUUAAGGUGAAAGAAGAGGAGGUUGGUGUUUUUCGCGGAGGAAUUUUAUACUGGCCUAUGAGGAGGACAGGGAGGGUACCUUUGAAACAAAUAAUAUGCCUAUGAAAGAACUUGGGAGAGGGAGGGUCCUUGUUAAGAGAAGAGACACUGUGUUGGUAGGGUCGGAUGAGUGUGGGUGGAUGUAGGGGGAUGGCACAGUGCUUUUGUGGUUGUAUGUCCAAGACACUAGUGAUAGCUUACUACCAAAACAAAUCUGCUUGAUACAGAAGCAAGAGCAUGCAUCAUGAGGAAGAGAUAGAAUGGUAAAUAACGCUGAAGACCCCCAAGAGGCUUUCUGACUUGCCCUCCCCAUGUAAAGUAUGCUCAGAACCUUUCCAGUAGUUCUGCUGGAAACCAUGUCUCACUACACAGAUGAACCCAGAUUUACUAUAGAGCAGAUAGACCUGCUUCAGCGCCUAAGACGUACUGGGAUGACCAGACACGAAAUCCUCCAUGCCUUGGAAACCUUGGACCGUCUUGACCAAGAACAUAGUGACAAGUUUGGAAGAAGGUCUAGCUAUGGAGGUGGUUCCUAUGGCAACAAUACCAACAACGUCGCAGCAUCUUCUUCUACAGCCACGGCUUCCACGCAGACCCAGCAUUCUGGGAUGUCCCCGUCGCCUAGCAACAGUUACGACACCUCCCCACAGCCUUGCACUACUAAUCAGAAUGGGAGGGAGAGUAACGAGAGGUUGUCGGCAUUCAAUGGCAAGAUGUCACCCACCCGCUAUCCACUUGCAAACAGCUUGGCUCAGAGGUCGUAUAGUUUUGAAGCCUCUGAAGAGGACUUGGACGUAGAUGACAAAGUGGAAGAAUUGAUGAGGAGGGACAGUAGCGUGAUAAAGGAGGAAAUCAAAGCCUUUCUUGCCAAUCGGAGGAUUUCCCAAGCAGUUGUUGCACAGGUAACAGGUAUCAGCCAGAGCCGGAUCUCUCAUUGGUUGUUGCAGCAGGGGUCAGACCUGAGUGAACAGAAGAAAAGGGCGUUUUACAGAUGGUACCAGCUUGAGAAGACAAACCCUGGGGCUACGUUAAGUAUGAGGCCUGCUCCAGUCCCAGUAGAAGAGCCAGAAUGGAGACAGACACCUCCCCCCGUCACAGCUACCUCUGGGACUUUCAGACUACGGCGAGGCAGUCGGUUCACAUGGAGAAAGGAGUGCCUGGCAGUUAUGGAAAGUUAUUUCAAUGAGAAUCAAUAUCCUGACGAGGCAAAGAGAGAAGAAAUUGCCAAUGCCUGUAAUGCAGUUAUACAAAAGCCAGGCAAAAAGUUGUCAGAUUUGGAGCGAGUUACCUCCCUUAAAGUAUACAACUGGUUUGCCAACAGAAGAAAGGAAAUCAAGAGAAGAGCCAAUAUCGAAGCAGCAAUCCUGGAGAGCCAUGGCAUAGAUGUACAGAGCCCAGGCGGCCACUCCAAUAGUGACGACGUCGAUGGGAAUGACUAUUCAGAGCAGGACACUUGGCAAGUACGCAAUGGGGAGGAGGAGGGAAGAUGUUCAGAGGGAGGCAGAGAAGCAGAGAAGGUAGAAGAAGACAGGAGGAUCUGCUCCAAACAAGAUGACAGCACUAGCCAUAGUGACCACCAAGAUCCCAUUUCAUUAGCCGUGGAAAUGGCAGCCGUAAACCACACCAUCUUGGCAUUGGCCCGGCAAGGAACCAACGAAAUCAAGACAGAGGCCAUAGACGACGACUGAUACAAAGAAGGGGGAGGGUCAAAACAAGAAGUAACUUAGUUUUAGAAGUAGCACCUUAGCAGACUUUCCUCGGUCCUUAAUAUGUGUUCUUCUUACAGUAUAACUUUGCAGUUUCUUGUACGUCAGUUAGCUGUUAGGGUCUUGUUCUGUGAAGAUGGCAUGGUGCCCUCAGCCUUUGCAUAUACUCUCUCAGUAUUAAUUCCCAGUAAAUAAUCAGUCAACCAACCAACCUUCCUCUCCCAGCCCCAGUGGCUCGAAAAUCUUGCUGCUCUGUCUUAGCAUUCCAAGAAAGUGCUUCCAGGUAUUUUAGAGAGCCCUCCGUUACAAGUCUUAGGCUACAUUUAAAAUCUUGGAUACCCUUAGACAUCACGUAAACCUAGUCUGUACGCUUUUCCUUCUCCAGACUGAAAGGAUGGACGCUGAGGUAGGGGCACAGGGUCGGUGGACGCCAUAUUGGGAGUCUCAACAGAGAGUAAAAAGAACACUAGAAAACCCCACUUCAGCAUGGGAAUAAGUGAUUUCCAGCUGCAAUAAGCCGUGCCUCGCUGGUCACACAGUGACUUGAGAGACUUCUAUUGGGUACUGCACUGAGAAUGUCCAUGGGAAACCUAGUCACACAUUUCGGUUGAUGCUCCCAUAUUCAACACAGAUCUCCUCUCCUCUCACAAGCUGCAUGGCUUGGUGGAUUAAAAUACUGCCUUCUGCCUCUGGGACCAUGAUAGAAGCCCAACCUGGGAUCACAUGAAAAAUGAGCUGAAAGUCUAAUGGACGGCAGUCCACUUCUCAAAACCACUAAUCAUUAUUUGGCACCUCUAGCAGUGCCUGCUCUGAAGAGGUCUAGACUCUAUCGCUCUAUCAUAGAAGUUGCGUUACCUUUUGUUCUUCCACUCACCUUCCCCCACCCCCCCUUUCUUCCCAGUCCCUCUCAAAAGCAAUGUUUGCAAAGAAAAGAUUAAGAUAAUAAAUGGGUGAGUUUGUACAAGUCUGUUUAACUACUGCCUCCAAUCCUAACAGGCCUGACAGGUUAUCGAAGGACUUUGGUAUCUAGUUUCUGCUAGUUAUCAACGUGGCACAAAUAUUCACCCAAAUAUGAACACUUCUGAAAAGGCAGGAAGAUCUCCUCCUUGAGAUGUGGGGUGUAAUGCUUUUGUGUUCUCUACUCUGUCCUUGUUAAGGUGUGAGAAAGCUAUACUGCUACAGACAAUUGAAUUGAUAAUUGGAAGCCAUAUUGCUCAUGGAUGUGGGAACAUUUGUAAAGCAAACCUACUUUAAGUAGCAGAAACUAACAGAAUUGUUUUCUUUGAUCAUAUGUAGCACUUUUGUUACUUUUUUCUUAAAGAUAUUUAUAUUUGAUAAAAUCUUUUUUUCAUUUGAGAAUUCCAAAUACCAAACACCAAACUUGCAUUACAGAGUCACCCCGGGGCCCCCUUACCAUCUAGUAUCUAAGUGAUGAACUGUGUAUGCAUCUAAGAACAUUACAUCUGCUGGCAUUGUGUGGAAGUGAUCUCCUGGCAUCCUGAUAAAGUGAUAUGUCGCUGCCGGUAAGAGGAAACUGUUCAAUGGAAGCAGCAGAGGAUGCGUUAGAGACCAGCUAGGCUGCAUUAUAUCGUCGGAAAAAAUGAUACAUUUACGUAGCAUUUCCACUGCACUCCACUUUAUCCUCCCUGUUGUACGGAAAUAAAGAGGGAAGGUGGCUUAGUUUGAAGCAUGGCUUUCCUUUGUCUUUUGUUCAUUUUUUAAAGGUGAAGGGAAGUAACCAUGAAUUGUUUUGUUUUUAUUCCCUCCCUUCCACUCCGUACUGGGCAUUGCGAGAUGUUUGCAACUUGAAACCAUCAGAUAGAAUUGCAGGCACUUAAAGAAAGAAAGAAAACAAGAGGAAAUUGUGGCACCUCAGCAGGUUUGUAGCCAGCCUUAAACCCCUUAAGUAGACUAACUAGAAGAGACCAUUUUUAUGUCUGCUGAUCUUAUGAAAGCUGUUUAGGUAGGUGGGGGAGGGGGGGAGAUUUCUGUGGUUACAGAGAGCAGAGAGUUGUCACCUUUGUCCCUGUGACUUUAAAGGUAUAUCGGCAGGGUUGAGCCCUGUCCUUCAUUUAUGGAUUUCUUUGGGAAAUGUAUGUGCUUUCCUUAGCUGUAAAUCACUGAAGCAGAGUAGGGCUGUCUUUUUCUGUUCUAUUGUAUUUCUUGAGUAGGCAUAUUCAUGAAUAGCAUCAGGGUAUACUCAGGAAAGAAUUAAAUUGAUUCCGCCGCUGCUGCAGUGUUCUUGCUUGGUGGGCGUUUGAACCUUUCACUGCUAGUGAGCAAAGAGGUGGCAGGAUGCAUCGCACUGCAGGAUGAUCCAGCAAACUGUGUCUUCAGUGGGAUUUUACCUGCUUAUUCAUCCCACAGCCUCAUACCGCGCUGACAGGAAACCACCACAAUUUAUUGCAAGGUGAUUUUCCGAAGCGUUGGUUGGCCCUUUAUGUUGGCGUUUCCAUGUGAAAAGGGUUGCUCCAAACUGAUCGACAGCUGCACUUUCAAAAGAAACAGGGCGAUUUUACCUUAAAAAAGUAAUUGGAAACAAACAGCUGUUAAGAGACUUAAGGAAGAAUAACGCCAGUACAGUAAAGGCCAGAUCCUGAUCACUGCUGCACUGGUUCUCCACUAAAAAGAAUGGAUUUACAUCCGUGUAGGUGAGAGAAUGUGGCCUUCACUCUGUCUAGCACAGCCUUACAGCUCCUGUGUCUCCUAACGGAAUAAGCAGAUGAACAACUUGUGUAUCAUUGGAGAUCAGUGAGUCUUCUGUCCUUCUGGUGAGCAGCAGUCUUCCCUCCACCAGAGGAAGAUCAUAGGUAAGAAAGACCUUAGACUAGCCAGGUGCUACCCAGUUCUGUUUCUUUCAUCUGUAUUCUUUUUGGACCCUUUAUGGGGCCCAGAAGACAUGAUCAAGGAAUAUGACCGGAUAGCCAUCCUCCAUAUGCUAAGCCUCUCUGUAGCCCGCUGUGGGCUGUUUCUUGAUAGACACACCCUUGUUUUGGGGAAGGGUUGCUGGUUUAGGCUCUCAUUAGACAACUUGGCUACAGUGUUGAGGGAAAGACACUUUGGAAUGGUUUCUGCAGCCUUGUUGUUCAGGGUGAGGACAGAACUUGAGACAGCCCUGGAAAUGUGGGCUUGUUCUGGGUCACUCCCUCAAGCUGAGCUAGUCCUUCAGAACUAUUUCUAACUCUGCGUUUUCUCUUCAGAUCUUUGUUAUGGGCAUUCCUACCUUCCUCACCUCCAGGCUCAGUUAUUGAGCAGCCCUCUCACUUGGGUGCUGCUUGAAAUCGGUCUAGAAGCUGAAUUGGUUACAGAAUGUAGCCACUGACUUAACUUGUUCCAUAGAUAUAAGUGUAAAAAAUCAGUGAGUCCUUUCUUCCAGGUUGCUGGUACAUCAGCAAAUUCAAUCCCGCCUGUUACCUCAUGGCUCAUAAUAUUUUAGCCAACCUUUUUUGCCAUCCGCCAGAGCAGGAGCAGUUGGCUGGGUUUUCCUUGCUAUCUAUUCCAAGAUAUUAUUUGAGCUUGUUGGAGUGUGGUGCAGUACAGGACUCUGUCCGUGGAGUUCCCUUCUCUGAGGAUGUUCCCCAGAGUUUUCCUCUGGAUAGCGCCUCCCUCUGCAUCACGCUUUUCUCCUCCAAUCUGUUUACCGUUGGUUAUUUCAUUGCUUCCUGUUUCUUUAACUCCUCCCUUCUUUGUUUGUUUGUUUCUUUGGGUUUUUUUGCUUCAUUUGGGAGGUGUCUUUUCCUGGAUGUGUAAAGUAUUCAGUUAAAUUUUAUACCGAGGUCCAGACAUUUUGCACCAGAUGCCUUAGAUAAUAAGUUAGCCCAGCAGCCAACAGACAGCGUGUUUCUUUGAUGCCCUGGUGAUGCAAAGACAUCUUCUGGAUCAGGGCUGGGGAACCGCAGGCCCAGGAGCCGGAUGCAGCCCCCAGCUUGCCUUGAUCCAGCCCCCAAGGCUCAGGGCCCCUCCCCCAGCACUGAGGAGCCUGCACUGGCCCUGCAGCCCACCACUCCCCCCCACUGUCCCACCCACAGGGCUGGAGCACAUAAAAUAUAGGCUGGGCCCUCUAUGCUGUGGUGUGAGGAAAAUGUGGGAGUAUCUUUCUCCUGCUGGUUUGGGGGCCAUGGUGAGGGUUUUUUUUUUUUGUUUGUUUGUUUUUUUUUUGCUUCUCAUCUGUGUGUGGCCCCUGGUUGAUUUUUUUUUUAUGUCGGUCAGUGGCCCCGACCCAAAAAGGUUUCCCAUCCCUGUUCUAAAUACUUGGAGGUGUUGCCACACAGUUUCAUUGCUCCAAUAAAUGUGUUCUUACCACAAAGGACGUUUCUAACUUUGACCCAUAAAUGUUUGCCAGCGAUGCUGUGUUGGACUAGUAGGAUUAUAGGCGGCAUUGGUUUAUGUUUUAUUUUUACCUACUUAAAUAUUCUCCGAUGGGCCUCCUCUUCAAUGUCUGGCUCCAGCUUUCCAUAACCAUGGGAUAUUUGGAUUCAUUUGUUUCAGACCCACCUGUAAUGUACAUUUCAGUGGUGACCUAUUGUGCUUAUAUGACUCUUCACUGAAUUUCUCAGUGACUCUAUUUUGUUCUAUUGGCUAUAGUGGAAUUCAAUUGGUCAGUGUUUUUAGAACACCCAGGCUAUCUCUGUCGAUGGUUGGACAGUUUUGGGAAGGGUUUCAAGUAUACAUUGACUGAGCUUUCUACCAACUCACUAGUGUGGCUGGAAAUCUUUUAGGUUUGGCUUAGCGGUUGAGAUUACCUAGAAGUAUCACUUUCGUAUGCCGGCUGGCAAGAUUUUUGCUACUUUACUUCUCAUGCAUGUCCACACUGCAGUGUCACCCCAGAGUUCAAAUUCAGGCUCGACCCUUGCUCGUCUUUCAUCUAUGCACAAAUUGCUGUAACCCAGGGCUAGGACCCAGGACCAAAGUUCCCUCUAAGCUGUGCAGCAGCACGGCCCCGCAGCUGUUUAAUGAGCCCUUCCCAGGGCCUCAGGGCUCUGCGCCUGGAGCUGCUUGGCUUGGAGAGGGGCACGUCUCCCUCAGCUACUGCAGCAGCACCCUGCUGAGGACAGAACAGCGAGUCUCUCCCUGCCCGUAGGGACACGUCCUGUCCUCAGCAAGGAGCUGCUGCUGUUGCUAAGGGAGAUGUGCCCCUCCCCCAAGCCCUGAGCCCUUGGAAAAGGCUCAUUAAGUGAUAGUGGGUCUGAGCCUGAGUCAAGCUGGGAUCAAGCCCUGGUACAUUGUAAGGUAGCUGCAGUCCCAUAGGACUCAUGCUCCAAGAGCCUGACCAAAAAUGUCCCACAAUGCCACAGGGCAACUUUAUUUGUCCUCAGGAAAGUCAGGUUUGGUGACCUGUCAUGUUUUCCCUCCGUGCACCACACACCAAGGACUAGAUUGGCCAUACUCUGGGAGGGCAGCAGGAAGUCUGGUUGGACGUGAGUCCUCCUAAUACAAUGUAGAUACUGAAGCAGCACAUGAUCAACUCCCAUCCAAACUAAUAGAAAUCUUUUUGUCUUGCUGCCUUACAGGGACAUCAACACGAUUUCACUGAUUCUCAGCUUCCCAGUUAAACAUUAAAAACUCUUGUUUGAUGUUGAUGUGUUAAUGAUAGAAAAGUUCAUCAUGCUGGCUUCCCUCAUGCAGUCUAAUUAGUCUUGUCACACAGAGCUAUCUGGCAGUCCCAGCAGGGUUCUGGUGGCUGGCUAGGGGACAGUCACAAACUUGUAUAAAUCUAGAGCUGAAAAGGACCUUUGGAGUACCUUGCCCCAUAUGGAGACAGUACCAACAAUCCCAAAAGGGGGUUGUCUGACCUGUUUUUUAAAACCUCCAUUGACUGAGAUUCCCCAGCCUCCCUUGUUAACCUGUUACAGGACAUAACUCUCCUGACAAUUGUAAAGAUUUUCCUAGCAUCUAACCUAAAUCUCCCGUGCUUCAGAUUAAGCCCAUUAAUUGUCUUACCCUCAGUGGACAUGGAAAAACAGCCCUUAACAUACUGGGUAUGUCUAGACUACAUCCCUCUGUCGGCAGAGGGAUGCAGAUUAGGCAGAUCGACAUUGCA